AUGGCUGAAGACAAUUUUCUGUCAGAAAAGGAAAUAACUGCAUUCAUCAACGACCUCGACAAGAACAACAAUGGCCACAUUGAAUACGACGAGGUAGAAUUCAAACUCGAUCAAGUUCACAAAGAACUUGCGCCCGAAGCCAAACCCCAUAAUCUUCACUACAAGGAAAAAGAUGAGGCGCAAAUGCACCGCCGACACGCGUUCCUCAGGAGUGUGAUUGGAACGGACAAGAAUCAAAUUGGUCGCGAUGAUUUCGCGAAUAUUGUCAGAGGAUGGAAGGUCCCUUCCAUGGAACCCGACAAGAAAGCCGAAGAUGAGCACAAAGAAUUCAUGAAGGAAAUGGGUAUUGGGAGGAAAAUCCGGGCUUGGUGGUCUGUUCGAGGGCCUGAGGUGUUGUUUGUUGGAAUGGUAGUAGGCAUGCAAAUCGCAUUCGGAACAUGGCAAUGCGUGAAGUACGUUACACAAAUGCAGUACAGACAUGCAUUCGGAUGGGGUGUAGUAAUGGCGAAGACUUCGGCCGGAAUUCUGUAUCCUACUUUAUUCUUCCUUAUCCUUUCUAUGUCCAGAUACAUCUCCACGUUCGCUAGGAAAUCAUACUACUUGUCACGGUUUAUCAAUUGGGAUCUAUCACAGAGCUUCCAUAUAAUACUAAGCAUUGUGGCCAUUGGUUUUGCCUCAUUACAUGCCAUUGGACAUUUAACUGGGUCCUUCCUGUAUGGCAGUAGACCAGCCCAGCAAGAUAACGUAGCAGCUGUACUUGGCCCGGAUGCUGUUCCUAAACCAUACCGAGGCUUUGUUGCUACCAUUCCUGGUUGGACUGGCAUUACUGCUCUCGGCCUCUUCUAUGUCUUGGCUCUGCUAAGUAUGCCUAUGGUCAGGAAGAAGAGCUAUGAGAUUUUCCAGCUUGGCCAUCUUCUCAUGUUCCCAAUCAUCGGUCUCCUCUGCGCUCAUGGAACAAAGGCGUUUCUCCAAUUUCCGAUGCUGGGUUAUUGGCUGGCUCUGCCAACUCUCCUGGUGUUGAUCGAGCGAGGGACUCGAAUCGUGAACGGAUUCCUUCAUAUGCCAGCAAAGAUUGAGAUUCUGGAUGCCGACACUGUUGCGAUAACAGUCACAGUACCGAACUAUCGAUGGUGGCCAUAUAAAGCUGGUCAAUACGUCUUCCUUCAAGUCCCUAAGAUAUCAAUAUUUCAGUGGCAUCCCUUCACAGUAUCUACGUGUAUCGGCAAUGAGAUGCAACUUCACAUCAAGACGGAUGGGGAUUGGACUUCGAAGCUCCGAGAUUUUGCAAAGGAUGGACCAUCACAGAUACAAAUUGGUGUGGAUGGCCCCUUUGGAGCACCUGCCCAACGAUUCUACGACUUCGAUCAAGCAAUCGUUCUUGGAAGCGGAAUUGGUGUCACUCCCUUCAGUGGGAUCCUGGCAGACAUGCAAGCCAGAGAUGAACAUUUACAUACCCAUGGCCACUCUGACGCGAAUUCGGAAGAAAACGAGAAGGGACCAGUCGGAUAUCGGAAGGGUCGAUUCAGGAGAGUAGACUUCCACUGGAUUGUUAAGGACAGAAAUUACCUUCUAUGGUUCUCCGACCUCUUAAACCAAGUAUCAAGAUCAGCGAGCCUGCACGAACACGACCCACAUCCCCACCUCGACGUCAACAUCUUCACCCACGUCACGCAAAAGCGUAAGAAUCUCUCAACUCACAUAUUUCGUUUUCUACUCGAAUGUCAUCGGACAGAAGAACAUCCCGCAUCGCCUCUCACUGGUCUGCUGAACAAGACGCACUUUGGACGGCCUGACCUGGCGAAAAUCAUGGAUGAGCAUUAUGAGAGCAUGCUUGAGUGGUACAAGGAGAUGAGCAAAAAGGGCAUCCAUAUCAAGAAGAGGAAGGUGGGUGUCUUUUUCUGUGGUGCGCCACCGAUUGGAUAUGAGCUUGCGGAUCGAUGCCAGAUUUUGACGAGGAGGGCCAGGGAGGACAAGAGUUACAUUGAGUAUCACUUUAUGAUGGAAGUGUUUGGAUAG